AUGUCACCAAGUCCGGAGUCCGCGGGGACGUCGGGAGCAGGCGACAAGGUGAAGCCAGCUCCAGAGGCCCCCUCGGCGCCGGCGGCGGAAAUCACUACACCGGAAACUAAGAAAGCCCAAAGCAUCACACAAAAGGCAAAAACAAAAGUGACCAAGCCGCCGGUGACAGAAACUUCCACCGUCCCGACAAAAAAGUACGUGAGUAGACUUUCAGAAGCCAAGGCCAAUUUGGACAAAGCAAACGAGCGUCUAAAGGAAUCGGGCAAUAUCAAAACAAUAAUUAAAGUGGAAGUAAAACAAGCCCUAGAGCGACUAUACGCACUAGUAAAGGAGGCGGAGGCAGAACUGGCUAGAGAGAGAGGAAAAGGGACCAACGCGACAAAGCCGGCGACUCCAACAGAGCCAGAAGACAAAACCGCACAACCGGAUCCCACGCUGGAAAUAGAAUCGAGAGAGAAGGAUGUGAGAGAAAGAUUUAACAAAAUGGAAGAGUAUAUGAAAGAAAACGAAAGGAGAAUGAUAGAGAGUGAAAGAAGACAGAGUGAACACAUAAAAAAGAUGGAUGAACUGAAGAUAGCGCUAGAGGAGCACAAGGAGAACAUGAAAGGGGCCACAUAUGCCAGCGUGACAGCGACGCGUCCAAAUCACCCUCAACGAAGCACUCUGCACUCGGUUGUAGUCACAUCAACCGAUGAAACGGAAACUGGUGAGGCCGUACUGGAGAAAGUCAGAAAGACAGUCGACGCGAAAGACGGAUGGAUAAGAGUGGAGAAAGUGAGAAAAGCCAAAGACAGGAAAGUAAUCAUGGGAUUCGAAACCACGGAGGAGAGAAAAAAGGCACUGGAAAGGCUUUCGAAAGAAGGAACAAACUUGUGCGUAGAGGAAGUGAAAAACAAAGACCCCCAACUGAUCCUCAGAAACGUCCUACAAAUAAAUACUGACGAAGAUAUUAAAAAAGCCCUGAGGAAUCAGAACAGGGGGAUUUUCCAUGACCUCAGCACAGAAGAGGACCGCGUGGAGAUCAGGUAUAGGCGGAAAACCAGAAAUCCACACACAAGCAACAUAAUAAUCAGUGUGUCGCCGUCCAUAUGGCGUAGAGUGAUGGAUAUUGGCAGCGUACAUAUCGAUCUCCAACGAGUCAGAGCCGAAGAUCAAUCCCCCUGGUACAGUGUACUCGCUGCUUGGGAUUCGGGCACGGCAAAAGGUUUUGCAAAGAGGCGGUCGACCUCUGCAGCCAUUGCGGUGGGCCGCACCUGA